GUGGAGCCCGGGGAUGGGCGUGGAAUGCGCGAUUCCACGCAGGCAGUUGGCCAGUUCAACGACGAGGCGUUCCUCGAAACGGACGUGGAGCACUUGCACCGCGAGUACGGCCUCAGCUCACAUCUACGGAGCGAUAUCAAGGUGGAGGGCGUGCGCGGGAAGGUGGACAAUGCCGACACCGGUGGGGAAGGUUCUCUUGACCUUCAGGUCAUAACGACGCUGGCAUUCGGAGCCAACACGACAUGGUGCCUCGCCUGCACCAGGAGGCUUUGCGGCGAGUGCAGCUUUCGGUUCUAUGUGCAGGCCAGAGAGUUCUCUAGUAGAAAGUUUCUUGAACUGUCACGCUUGCUUUCCUUGAGAGUCUCAGUAGUCAGUGGGCUGGAGAGCUACGAUCACCUUUCACCCGGGCCAUUUUUCUCGCGUUCACUCAAGCAGAAAGUGCAGCCACUAGAAGAGAGCUUCACCAUGUCUGGCCUGAAAACCGAAGCCAUUCGCGUGAUGACGACGGCAUCCAGUGAGGGCUCCCAGCAAUCCACGGCGGCGAGUGCAGAGGAUCCUCCGUGCCUCGCUGACUUGGGAAUCCGGUUGAAUCGUGUGCAUACUUUCGCCAGAAAGCUCUCUGAUGUCUUGAUGUCCUGGUACACGAAGUGCGAUGCAGAAGACACGCUCCAAUUGUGCUCCAAGUUGGACAACAUUGUGACUGAGAGUGGACGGACUGACAGGGUGGUGGUUGCUGGAAACGGCAAUGUGGGCAAAAGCACCAUCGUAAAUGCCUUGCUAGGGGAAAAGAGUUUCUGGCCAACUGCCUCUUAUUGCAUGACUUCCCGCAUUUGUGAGAUGCACUUUGGCGAGCGCAAGGCAUAUUCGUCAGAAGAUGGUCAAACAGAAUCUGCGAUGUACUGCGAGAAGAUUCCCAUAAACAUGGUCCACAAGAGCGCUACUUCAGAGCCCGAUGAGUUCAAGGCAAUGGUUCAGUGCGUUUGCAAGGCCUGGGCCCCCAGCGAGCUGCUGAAGCCGAGUGUUGUUCUCGUGGAUCUUCCGGGUUUGGACCAGGAGAAGGAGUACAUGCAAGUUCUCGAGGCUUACAUGAAGCAGCAUCCAGCUCAUGCUGCAGUGCUCGUCUAUGUUCUGGACGUCAAGAACAAGAUCUGCAACUCAGACCGAAGUUUCUUCCAGGAGCUCAUGCGAUCUUCCUGGAUGCCCCUGUCCCAGGGCUUGCAUCUCUUGGUCAACAAGUGUGACGCGGACAGAGACGGCCAGGGUGACUCAGACGAAGAACCACUAGACUAUGAUGAGCUUCUUCAAGACAUUGAACAGGAGGCGUCCAACUAUUGUACACCGAAAAUCUCUGACUUGUCAAUGAAGGACCGGAAGCAUGGUCUGGAGCAAGCUGUGCAGAAGUGGAAUGCUGUUGUCGUUAAUCUUCGCACCGCCCUUUCCCUUCACAAGUCCCGCCGAUUGCAGGCAAGCUCCGAUCUCCUUCAGACUGUCAUGGUUGCACUGGAAAGCAAAGUGGGCGAUGCCGAAGAGCAAGCUGAAGAGAUGCGAAAGCAGGAGCUUGCGAUAGAGCAGGCCGAGUCAGAACUGCUUCAGUUCAAGAAGAAAAAGUACUUCUUUGUCAGUGGGCGAGAACAAGAGAUCAAGAACAAGCUGGAAGCCAGACGUGCAGAGCAUCUCCAUGCUAUCCUUCGCAGCCCCAUUCCUUAUUUCAACAGCUAUGCAUUGGAAACUCAGCUGAAGGAGGUUGACAAAGCCAUCGCCAAGAGUGUCGAGGUGAUACUCCUCAAUGACAUGCUCCAGGCUGCCACGGAAUCAGUUUGGCAUUGGGUGCGGACCUUUCGGAUGAUCGCUCUUUGUGGGGCUCUUCUUGCAGGCUCGAAUUCUACAGCAGCUUUUGCUUUUGCGGGCGCCGCGGCCCUGGGUGUGCUAGCAGCAGCUGCGACUCUAUCGACUGUAAUCGGCGCUGCUGUCAUCUGCUCGGCCGCCGCCAGGAUGAGCUGGACGAAGGUGGAUGAGGCGUAUGUGACAGAGCGCUUCCAUGUAAUCUAUGAUCGGUGGGUUAGCCAGUCAAAAGAGGUUGCCGUCAAGGAGUUUGGGUUGAUGCAAGAGCACAAGUCUUGCGAGCUGAAGGAGUUGAAGGAAUCCUUGGCAGCCUUUCGUGAUACGGACCUGCAGCGGCUCGUCCAGCAGGGCUUCGGGGAGGUUCUUAAGCAGCUGCGCUUGGAAUAUGCUGAGAUGAUGCAGCUGAAUUCAGAGUCACGCAGUGAGUCACCUGUGGAAUAA